AACAAGCUCUGUCCUUGUGGAGUGUAAAAAUAUAAACUAUCAAACAGAAAUAAUUAGGUUAGUGAUACAUUAUAUGCCAGACACAUCACCAUUGCUGGGAACCCUUCAGCACAUGGGUUGCAAAUUCUGCGCAGUGCCCUUCUUGCCUUCAAGGAUCACAAAGUGACGCUUAACAAACGCAUAUUUCGCUUUUGCUUCUUGGACUGUCACGUGAAAGUAGACUGAAAAUAGACUGCCUCAGAUCAACAUGCCACUAGGUCUCACGAAACUGUGAGUCCUCGCUGAGACUCAUCUACGUAAAACUACUAAAAAAACAGUCACCAGGAAACCAAACGCCUGAAACGCGUGAUAUACAGUCACUGAGCCGACUGAGGCUAAGUGUUUUCAUAGUAUUUGCCAACCUCGAUAAGUAUUUUAAGCAGCAUUCUAAUCAACGCACUUUCCAGUCGACUUUUCCAAUGCAUUGUAGGCUUACUUUUACUUCGAGGUGCAUUUGCUGUUCUGGAGACACACGUGAGCUUGUUAACAGGAUUUGUGUAUACCGAAAUGAGUUCAUAGGACGAAGUACAUGGCUGGGUUCAGGUACACUUACUUUAUGCGGAGGAUACGAUUUGCGUCCUGUUGUGUUAUAAUGUAUAAUGUAGUCCACCGAUGAGACAAUAAUAGAACACCGAAAGAACUGACUUUAAAAGUGAAGGCAGCAGACUACUGGAUAUUAUUUUACAUGUGGACGUGCAAUGAAACUGUAGAAAAGAAAAAAACAUUACUUAUGGCGUAAACCAUGGCUCCGACGAGCAGUAAUAUAGUUACAGGAGGCAGGGGGAAAGACUGGAUACGGUGGACGGUGUCUGUUUUACUUGGGUGCUGCAUAGGAAUAUUGUUCUUCUACACCACAGGGCAAAUGUCAUCAUACGAGACUUCAUACCCUAGGGCUUUCCAUCCGCCUGCUCCCGUCAAGAAUAGUACAGCUAACGGCGAAACCAACUCAAUGCAAUCUUCAUUAUACAAAGGCAGUUUGGAGUUUUUUAACAAGCUACCCAAAGUUCGAGUGCCAUCCAUUAACUGCGCAGCGCUGUUUGAAGGCAUUGAGAAGGAGGUCCAAAAUGCAAAAUCUUUGAUGAAAUCAUCGCCAAAGAAAAUCAUUCCUGACAAAGACAUUUUAAAUGAUGCUUCUAACUGUGAUAAAUUUGUCCGUGAUCGACAAUACAUUAUGUCCACCCUUUCCAGAGAAGAGGAAGAAUACCCUAUCGCUUAUUCCAUGGUGGUUUUUAAAGAGGUAGAACAAGUGGAAAGGUUACUUCGUGCUAUUUAUCGACCACAAAACUUAUACUGUUUUCACGUGGAUAAAAAGUCGCCUGAAAACUUCUACAUUGCUGUCAGGCAAAUCUCCAACUGUUUUGAAAACGUCUUCAUUGCCUCCAAACGAAUUGACGUCCAGUGGGGGCAAUACAGUGUUCUGGAGGCGGAUCUAAUAUGCAUGGAAGAGCUCUUAAAGAAGUCAAGGAAAUGGAAGUAUUUUAUUAACCUCACUGGACAAGAGUUUCCCCUUAAAACCAAUCUUGAACUUGUAAAAAUUUUGAAAACUUACAAUGGGGCUAACGAUAUUGAAGGGACUGUUAAAAGACGUAAUAUGAAUCGCUUUAAAGAUUUGCCCACGCCGCCAUAUAAUAUAACUCCUAUGAAAGGUUCAGUCCACAUCGUGGCUUCCAGACCAUUCGUCGACUUUGUCCUUAAUGACCCAAAAGCCAAAGAAUUCCAUGAGUGGGACAAGAAAGCAGGCAUACCUGACGAGUCUUUCUUUACUACACUGAACCACAAUCCUCAGUUAGGUGCUCCAGGGGCGUUUACAGGUAAAGAUCCCGAGACCCACCCAGAAAAGAAACCCUUCAACACGCGUUUUAAAAACUGGGGAGAUUGGCCUUUUGAUUAUCCCUGUCACGGGAAGCGUGUUAGAAUGGUGUGUAUAUUUGGGAUUGGGGACCUCCCUCUUCUUAUGCAAAGGAAAGAGUUUUUCUCAAACAAAUUCUACUUGGAUUACGAACCACUAGCCUACGACUGUAUGGAGGAGUUACAUUAUAACCGCACCAUGGCAGCAUAUAUGUUACCCUUUGAUAAUUCUUACUACAAGAACCUAUCUUAUGUGCGCAACCAUGUAAAGGUUAAGUGGUAGGCGGUUUAUCUCAGACUGAAACAUAAAAGUUGACAGACAGUUGCUAGUAUGAAGUACGUUUACAGGACUACAGUGUGACAAAUCCAGUGAGACGAAGGAUCUUUAGUCACACAGUAAAAUCAAAGGAACUGAUAAGGCUUAUCGGUCGGUAAUUAAUUGUUUCGUAUUCGGUUCUGCAUUUGUGCCAUAUUGACGACGUUUGAGUGCUCCAUUAAAAUACAAUCAAAUGUGAUCAAGAUUUUUCUUAAUCGUUAAUGACAGAAGGUUUUAUUUUACAGAAAAGUGCCAUUUUGAAUUAUUCCUAAUGUGUUCCAGUAUCAUUUUUAAACAUAUUGAUCGUGACAAUCACGCUUCAUGUCGAUAUUGGUAUGUCAAUAUUAAUGUGAGAGAAGAAAAAUUGGCUUCGUCUUUGUCUCGAUGUUUCUUAGAUUGGAGCUAUAAUUUAUUAAUAAUUUAUUAAAUUAUUUUGUACGUUGUUUUUGUGGCCGACGUCGGCGAUUGUGACCAAUAAUGAAAGUUGGUUUUUGCUGUUGUUGUUCACAUUUUCGUGUCUUUGGUUAUUUUCUUGUUACGUUUUUAAUAUUUAGCAAUGUGCAAUAAAAUAAAUAACAUGUU